GGCAUUGAAGGGGACGCUGCUGACAGCCCUCGGCGACAGGGACGGUGGCAGCAGCUGCUCGGCGGCCUUCCCAAGGGGCAGCAAGAGGGUGAGCCCUCGGCCACAGGGACAGCUCCGGACAUUCCGGCCCGUGCCUUUGCUCUUGGCCUCUCGAAGCUGAUCUGAAGUCCCAGGAAAGGAGCGGGGGCAGUUUGGGAGAUCUCUAUUGGGCCCCCACUGGUGGAAGAGACUCAUCUGGAGCAGCAGAAGAUGGAGAAGGAUGGAGAAACCUGCAGUGUGCAGGAUACUGGGGGAGGGGUGAAAGAAGUGCUUCCAGGAGGCCCAGCCCAGCAGAAAGGCACGCCAACAGAACAGGGCCAAGCGGAGAAAGAAGGGAGCCCAGGUGAGUCCAUGGGAGCGAAGGACCACCCAGGCCACCAGAAGGGUGUUCAACAGAAGCCACUGCAUUUCCUACAAAGCUUCAGCUGCCCAGCAACGGUGAACAGCUUAGAAGAUAUUCCAGAAGAGGCUUCGCCUGCCCCCGGCACGCAGAGUCCUCAAGAUCCAGCUGCUGCUUUUGCAUCUGGCCCAGAGCCUGUGCCUGGAGACCCCAGCCGAGACAAGGCGGCCCCUGGACAAGCCCCGGCGCCAGCAGCAGAGCCACCAAGCCCCGCAGCCAAAGAGGGCCCCAGGACUUUGGCUGAGGAGCCCGCUCUGCCUGCUCCUGACGCUGCUGGGGCCCCUCCGUCUCCCGGAAGCCAAGCCGCCACCGACUCUGCAGACCCCGGGGCCGGCCCCUACCUCACUCCGGACUUUGGCAAGGGGGACCCCUCCCUGAUCCUGGAUGACACUCCCCCGCCCCCUGCGCCUUUCACCCAUCGCAUUGUCACAUUGAGGACUGGAAACUUCAAAGAUACCUACAACCUGAACACUGAGGAGAUCCUGGGCGGGGGGAAGUUUGGAGAAGUCCGUACAUGCGUGGUGAAGGAGACGGAACUCAAGCUUGCUGUGAAGAUCAUUAAGAAGCAGGGGCCAAAAGACAGGGAAAUGGCAGAAGUGGAAAUAGAUGUGAUGAACCAGCUCAACCACCGGAACUUGAUCCAGCUGUAUGAUGCCAUCGAGACGCCCCGAGAGAUCAUGCUCUUUAUGGAAUUUGUCCCAGGUGGUGAGCUUUUUGAGCGGAUCAUCGAUGAGGAUUACCAGCUCACUGAAGUGGAUUGCAUGGUUUUUGUGCGGCAAAUCUGUGAAGGAAUCCUCUUCAUGCAUCAGAUGAGGGUGCUGCACCUGGACCUCAAGCCCGAGAACAUCCUGUGUGUGACAGCCACAGGCCACAUGGUGAAGAUAAUUGAUUUUGGAUUUGCCCGGAGAUACAACCCCCGAGAGAAACUAAAAGUCAAUUUUGGCACCCCGGAAUUCCUGCCGCCAGAGGUGGUCAGCUACGAGCCGGUCUCCUACAGCAGUGACAUGUGGAGCAUGGGGGUGAUCGCAUAUAUGCUGCUGAGCGGCCUCUCCCCUUUCCUGGGGGACAACGACACGGAAACGCUCAACAACGUCCUGGUGGCCGAGUGGUAUUUCGACGAGGAAGCCUUUGAGGGCAUCUCUGACGAAGCCAAAGACUUUGUCUCCAACUUGAUCAUUAAGCAAAAAAGUGGGCGGCUGAGCGCCUCGCAGUGCCUGCAGCACCCCUGGCUGAACAACCUGGCCGACAAGGCCAAGCGGGUCAACCGGCGCCUCAAAUCUCAGGUCCUGCUCCGGAAGUACGUGAUGCGACGCCGCUGGAAGAAAAACUUCAUUGGCGUUUGUGCUGCAAACCGAUUCAAGAAAAUCACCAGCUCCGGAUCCCUGACGGCGCUCGGGGUUUGAACUGGGGGGGCUGGAACUGAGCAAGGGAUGAAAGAGGGAAGCCACCAACCGGGAACUUGGACAGUGUUGUGUUUGUGUUGCCCUGCGUCCCAGGGAUUGUGUAGUGGAGAGGAACAGGACCCUUCACGGAUCAUGGGACGGCGGGGCCCAGGAGCAUGGGACCUUGCACAGAGAUGCUCCGCCCCUCCGUUCAAAGCCUGCCCGUCCUCCUGCUCCUGUUCUCCUGGGCAGGCUGCCCCCUUCCCUUCUCUGCUGACUUGAGCCUUGCCAUGCUGAGUGCCGUUUUCUAAGGUUUGACUGCUGAGGGCUCACGAGGACUCAGUGCUCUGCUCAAGGCUGCUUCUAUGGGGACUGUGCGGAUCCCCUGCCCCCGUUG